GCCACAUUGGAGUGAACUCUCGGAAGUUUCGUUGCAGUGAUUUCGCGGCAGAGUGAAGAUAACCUUCGGAAAGCGGAGUAAAACGGGCCGCGAGCGAGACCACGGUGCGCCAGGAAGAAGCCGGCCGCCCCGCAGAGACCCCGCAGGACUCCCCAUGGAGGAGCUGCUCGGGACCGGGUCCGCCUGAGCCGCUCGAGCCCCGGGACAGCUUGUGAUUGUUGUUUUGGCGCUAGAGAAAGAUGGAGGCGCUGCUGGAGUAGCUGCUAACGCUAGCUGUGCUGUGGUCCGGGACCGAGGAGCCGGACACCUGGCCCGUGUGAGGACGUGUGUGACGGCUGGUCCACCCUGAGCCCAGCGGGCAGAGCUGCUGUUCACGUCUACAACUCAACCGGAGCAUGACAGGCCCUCAGGCUCUGAGGAUGGAACCAGGACUACUGGAGGCAGGGUCUAGAGAUCAGAUGGUGCUCUGAAGAAGCCAUGGGUAGCUGCUUAAGCUGUCCAGAGAAAGACUCAAUUCCAGAUAAUCAUCAAAGUAAAUUCAAGGUGAUAAAUGUGGACGACGAUGGGAAUGAAUUGGGCUCAGGUGUGAUGGAGUUGACCGAUGCUGAACUCGUCCUCCACACCCAUCGCCGUGACGAUGUCAGGUGGCCUUACCUGUGCUUACGGCGCUAUGGUUACGACUCCAACCUGUUCUCCUUCGAGAGCGGCCGGCGCUGCCAGACAGGCCAAGGUAUCUUUGCCUUCAAAUGUUCUCGCGCUGAAGAGAUCUUCAACCUGCUGCAGGAGGUGAUGCACAGACACAGCAUCAGCGUGGUGGAGGAGGCGGUGCUGGAGCCCCACCUGCAGGCAGCCGGCACACCUGCAGCUCUGGGCUACUCGGUGCCCUCGGUACCAAAUGGAGUGACCAGGAUCCCGUCUGUGGGCGAGGCCCCGUCUCACCCCUCCACACGGCACCCGUCUGUGGCCAGCACCCGUCUGCCCUCCGUGGGAGAAGAGUCCACUCACCCUCUGCUGGUGGCUGAUGAGGUCCACACCUAUGUGAACACCGUGGGGCUCCUGGAGGACCGGCCCAGCCCUCUGACGGUCCCCAGCCCUCUGGAGAGCCCCGCCUCCCCGCGGUCCCCUUGUCCCCCGACCCCCCCCCCUCCCCCGAGGGUCCGCGCCGAGCCGUCGGCCCCGCCCCCCCAGCCGGAGCCCCAGGUUCUGCUGGAGCCUCAGGGGGUGCGCUUUGUGCUGGGCCCCACCCCCGUCCAGAGGCAGCUGAUGGAGAAGGAGAAGAGGCAGCAGGAGGCGGAGCCUCGAGACACUAACGGCCACCUGGAGGCGGAGCCUCCGCUCGCCAACGGCCCCUCCAAUCCCUCUACGGCUCCUCGGCGUCACCGGCCGCCCCCCCUCACCCCCGACCUGCAGAAUGUCAACAACUCGGCCCAGCGGCGCACGGCGCUGCUGGACUACGAGAACCUGCCGGCGCUGCCGCCGGUGUGGGAGGCGAGGAAGCCCGGCUCGGAGGAGGAGGAGCCCGGCCUGAAGACGCCGGCGCUCAACGGCUUCAGCCAGCCGCCCCCCCACUCCUACUCCCACCCGCUGUCCCCCGGCCACGAGGCCUCGCACAACUACGUCAACACCGAGAACGUGACGGCGCCGCUCAGCGCCCACCGGCCCGACACGGCCCGGCGCCGUGCCGACGGACCCACCGUCUUCAACUUUGACUUUCGCCGGCCGGCGCCGCCGGGCCACGCGGACCCGCCCAAAACCCUCAACUACAUCGAGGUGGAGAUGGACCACGGGAACAGGGGCGCCUCGGACGGCAGCAACCCCCACACGCCGCGCACGCCCGGCUCCCCGCCGCCGCCCACCACGCCCACGCGCCGCACCGAGCUCUACGCCCUCAUCGACAUCGAGCGCACCGCCGCCAUGUCCAACCUGCAGAGGGCGCGGCCGCGAGACGACGGCACGUCGCGUAAGACGCGGCACAACAGCACGGAGCUGCCCACCAAGAGCACGGCCUGACGCCCAAUGAGGCCUGGCGCCCAAUGAGGCCUGGCGCCCAAUGAGGCGCCCAGCGGUGAUGUCACACCUGAUGUCACGAGACUGCUUCCUUAUAUGGUACAAAUCAGUAUUACUGAACAAAGCAUUCCAUUUAGCCUUUUCUAUGAUCUCGACAUGCUGCUGUCGCCGGUACUCCUGAUGUUCUGUACGGUCGGUUCCGGCUCAAUAAAUGUUCUGUUUGGUUUGUA